UGCUCGUUCUUCUUUAGUAGUUCAUCCAGAGUAUGACCGAGACUGACUGACGACUGGCUUAUCAUCCCUUCCAUGACUGUCGUUGGCCGUCAUUCUCAUUCUCUUCCUCUGACACUAUAUUCAACCUUCGUGGUCCCCGGGCUGUCAUUCCCUUCUCCCUCUUUCCUUACUACUACAACAAUAACAACAACCACUACUACAACAACUACUACUUACUAUUCCUCCUUGCUAUCCCUCUUCUCUCCUUUGCCCAAAGAAAACAACAACUUGCCCGCGUAUUCAUCGAUUUUUGACCUUUACCUUGUCUGCCAACUUCCCAACCCUCCAACUCAGCUUCCGCCUAAAGUACUAUCAUCUAUCAUCAUACAUUCGCCUAACGCUGUGCCCUGACCUCUUGUCUGGUGCUUGGCUUCGUGCCCACGUUCCUUGCAGCUCGUCUACCUCGGUGGUUCUACUUCAUCUCUAUCUUUCCUAUUUGGCUGUUGUAUGGCUUCAUCAGCGCCCACAGGACGACUCAUCUCCAUCUGUCCGCUCCAACGACAAUAGAGCUACCGCUUCUAGAUGACCCCACGGUAGCCCCAUCGUCCCAACUUAACUUUCUGGACUGGAGCAUAUUGAACCCUGUGGCUCUC